GAGAUUCGACACCCACUAAAAUAGUUGGAUUCACUAUUCUCUCAGCCAGAGAAUGGGAGCAGGCCCAAUCUCUGGUGCCUCAUCACCUCCCAAAAACCAUAGAGAACCUCCCCUAUCAGGUACCGGAAGCAACUAUCAAUUGCUACACAGAUGGCUCCUGGAGAGCAGAUCAGAAACAGGCGAGACUUUGCUGGGUACUCAUUGAUGUCUCCGGGACGACAAUCAACAAGGGCUAGAGGUGUCUGGAUUUAUAAAGGUUUGAAAGCGGGUCUGAGUUUUCCAAUCUAGGGACCCCUUUCGUGUUACGGAAGCGCGUGGAGGAGGAAGGAGGGCUCAACCACUACAUCCAGUAUGCAGGCUUCAUGUUCUGUCUCUCUUUCGGUCUCAUCAGUUCACGUCUUCUGUUCUUUGGUUUUUCGACUUCUCGUUUUCUGCUUUGGAGACAGGGGUGCUUCGGAGGGGUUCCUUAACCUCGUCCUCGUGUUAAUUCAUAGUCCCCGGCUUCUGAGUGUGUUGGUGCUAGUCUCGUUCACGCGCGGAGAGAAGAUGUGAUGCGACUUGGUUUUGUCUUCUAUGGCCUUUCCAGUGCAUCUCAGUCAAUCUCCCUCCCUUCUGUCUUCUCCUCUUCUUGGUAUUGUGUCCAGAGCUCUGUUGAAACAGUUCUGGUCUCGUAUUCUCCGGAGGUUCUCUUGUUUUCCCAUUUGUUUCCCAUUGUAAGUGCUCGCUUGUGUUUGCUACCAGAACUGUACUGGUGCAGCUUUUGGAUUCUCUCUUUGGUUCUUGGAGGAGGCAAUGGGUGGAGUCGGGGGUCUUCUCAACUGGAAUUCGAGUUUGAUCUUCUAUUCAGUAGCUCCCGUUGGCGGACUAACAAUCCCAGCACCAUACCCAACUCGUGUUUGGUCAUGGUGUGUUGGUUCCCAAAUCUUUUAUGCAAGUCUGUGGGCUCUCUGGUAAUAGGUGCAGCGCCUUUCUCGAAUCCAUCAUUUUGCAAUAAAGACGGAUUGCUUUUACUAAUAAAAAGCCAGUUCAUCCCAUUUUUAUUUCAUCGUUUGAUGUAUGUUCAUGGGCUUGUAACAUAUUUCUAUUAACUCUGAAACAAAAUAUCUGAAAAAAAAAUAAAAUAAUAAAAUAAUGGGCCAAAUCAAUAAAACCCAUAUAGUUUCAUAUCAAUGGUCAACCACUUUGGAGCUCUACUGCAACCAUAUCGUGUCCUUUAUCCAUUUGCAUAAGGAUCUCUCCACUGCUCUUGGAGGAACAAUAAAAAUGAUGUCAUCAAUGGCACUCCACUCUUCACUCUCAUCUGCUUCUCUCUGCUCUUCUUUCAUCUCUCAACAGCCAAAACCCUCCAUGACUGUUUCUUCUGCAUCGUUCAAUAACCAAUCCACCAUACCCAUCUCUCUAAAAAGGAAAAUCGUGACUCUUGUAUCUCCAGAGACACUCACUGCUGAAAAAGUCACUGAUGUUUCCGACACUCUACAACCAAAACAAGUGGUGAAACAACAAGAAGAGAAGGCAAGAGUAGUUCUCAAUUUUGUGUGGAUGGAGAAGAACAUAGGAUUAGGAUUGGACCAGCAUGUUCCUGGACAUGGAACAGUCCCACUAAGUCCCUACUUCUUCUGGCCAAGAAAAGAUGCAUGGGAAGAGCUUAAGUCAACUGACAUCAUCAAUCUCUGGCAACAAAGUGGCGGCAAUCUAACUUCCCAAUAAUCUCUUUUAAUUUUCUCAUUUCUAUGAUAUUUUGUUACUGAGAGUUAUUUGUUACAAGCAUAUCUAAACAUUAUCCAUCACAUUCAUACAUUAAAGAUUAAAAACUUUC